AUGACGCGACAAAAUAUCUCCACGCCUCCAGAGUCCAUCGCCAGCUCCUCCGGCUAUUCCACUCCCACCAGAAGCGAGUACAGUUAUGACCACGGCUAUGACAGCGAAAACGGCAUCCUGACACCGCGAACCAUGAGCCCCCCUCCCACGCCUACUCGCCAGCGCAAUGGGCCCGUGGAGGUUACUGGGCUCGCGGAGGGUACUCGGCGCGCGACUACUCGAUGGUCACGGAGCCGAAUCAUUUUCGCGUUGGGAUUCCUACUCCUGGCGAUCGCAGCUGAGCUGAAGUGGGAAUGCGUUUUCUCCCACGGCCACACACUGAUCGUUGAGCCAUCAGUCGCCGAUUUCCCAGCGCUCACGAAUAUGCAGGUGCGGCUUUGUAGUAUGAUGGAGAACAGCGUUGGCGGAAUCGUUACCUCACACAAGCUGAAGCAAAGCGAGAUAGCGGUGCGCCAGCUCCAUACAUUGGUCAAGAUGUCGAGGCUGGGUGGCAGGGAAGACCUAUCGAAUCGUCUCGCCGACUUUGCCGACGCCGCAAGAGACAGCUCGAAGGAGAUAGCCCGCUUCUCCCACACGUCCAUCAGCUUGCUCCACGACAUCAGUGACUUGGAUGUGCAGGUGGUCCGUCAGCUGGAACAUCUGCAAGCCGAACGCAUCGCCGCCGAACCCUACUCCGACAUGUACCGUCUACUCGUGUCUCCCUUCAAACCUCUCCCGAGCCACGACCUUGCAGCCGCUGAACAGGCAAUAUCGGAUAUGUUCAUCCGAUCCUCCGACGCGAUCGGGAGCUCCAUCGCAAGGCUACUCGUGAACACCGUGAUGGCUGUAGAAGGGCUCAACGACAUGGAAAAAAAGCUGCUUGUCAUCUUCGAAGCCGCUCAGCGCGAAUCAAUGGUCAUCGAUGACGCGGAUGAGUACCAAGGAGCCUGGGACUGGCUAGUGAAGUUCCUGUCGGACCACAAAGUGGUGACGGAAGAGAACAGGCACCUUCUGCGUGGAUUGAGUGGGUAUCACUCGGAGGCGGUAGCACUGGUCACGCGGACAUUGGCGCAGCUCCAGUACGUCGAGGAGAGUCUGAAGAAUCUAAGGGAUCGUAUGGCGGAACCGGCGUUGCUGGCUGCCGCCGAAUAUGAGAGAGAGCAGCUUUCAAUUCCGCUUGACGAGCAGAUCAAGAGUAUCAGAAGCGCCGUGGACACAAUGGGCACAAUCUUGGGUAAAGCUGCUAUUCGCGACCGAAGAUACAUGGAGGCGAUUUUGUCUGGAGAUCUAUGAGCUGGAGGGGCACCAUUAUACGACGGUAAUAAGUUUCGAUGCGAUAACUCACGGGGGAGUGGGUAUAUACGCAAUGGAUGGAGAUGGGACAAGGCUGGGAAUGGAGUUAUAGUUAUUACUCGUGUGAUGGGAAGAAAACGUACGGAAUAUGAUAUCCAGCCACUAAUCCUUCCCCACGCAUAGCAACAAUCCAGCCACCGCCCUCCCCAUUGCCCCGCAGCUAUAGGAGCUCUCUAACUGGUGCUCGAACGCCGCAUACCGCAUACUGCAGCUCCAGAGUCCACAAACACCACGCUCCUGUACCAUUAGCCACGGUCUUCACAAAUACUUGGCAGAGCAUACACCCCGCGUCCCCACCGACCGGCGAGCCGAAGAAGGAAGGCCACUGGGCCGGCCGAUGCCACGUCAGCCACCACCCACAAAACCCCACCCGCCCUUCUUCCUCAGUCUCCUUCCUCCCUCUUUCCUCCCCACUCGCGAG